AUGUCAUACUCAUCUCGACCCCUCGGUUCACAUUUACGGCAGCCCUCCAUGGGUGGUAGUCUAAACUCAUCCACAGGCCAAUCCCCCAUCUUACAGGCGCGCAUCAAUGAGAAAAGGGCAGAGUUGGAGAAUCUGAAGCAAUUACGAGAUUUGAGCGCAGGAUUAGCGGGACAGAUGCAGAUGUUAGAAGAGAAGCUAUCGACUCUUUCGGAUGGAACAGAAGCCGUCGCAACAGUGUUGGGGAACUGGCACAAUGUUCUGCAAGCCAUCAGCAUGGCAUCUAUGAAGAUACCAAAACCAAAAGAGUCAAAUAAUAAGGAAGAAGAAUCAGAAAAUAGAACAGGGUCCGAAAUACCCUUACCCCAAACUCUAGUCCGAAUACCCACAGAGCAUGCACCAAUGCUACAGCCAUCGACAAAUGAAGAAUAG